AUGGAACAAUUAGAAGGGGACAGCAUGACAGAUGAUCAACGGAAUCAUUUCAACUUGGAAAUCACUGUCACAGAUCCUCAAAAACGUACUGGAGAAGGCGGUACAUCCACAUCAUAUGUAAGUUACCAAAUAUCCACCAAGACAGAAGAUCCAGCAUAUCAUGAUGGGAAACCGAAUAUGAACAAUAUUAUCGUCGUUCACAGAAGAUACAGUGACCUACUGUUGUUACAUGAUGUUUUAGCUAAUGAUUAUCCUACAUGCAUAAUUCCUCCCUUACCAGACAAAAAAGUGUUUCAAUACAUUUCAGGAGAUCGAUUUAGCCAAAAAUUUACUCAAAAGAGAAGCCAUAGUUUACAAAAUUUCCUCAGGAGGAUUAGUCUACAUCCUACAUUGUCGCAAUCCAGUAUUCUAAAGAUGUUUUUAACUAGUAAUGAUUGGGACACAUAUAGAAGAAGUAUAAUCGACAACUUACCUUCGAAUAAGGAGGAAGUUACAGAUGCAUUUAUGAAUGCUUUCAAAUCUGUUAAUAUCCAAAGUGAUGAGUUUAUUGAAAUCAAGGAGAGAAGUGAUAAGCUUGAUCAUACUAUUACUAAGCUAGAUAAAAUAUUUCAUAAAGUAGUAAAGAAGAACGAUUCAAUAUCAGAAGAUUAUGUUAAAUUAGGAACAGCUCUAGAAGAAUUAAGUGAAUUAGUUACAGGUGAGAAUGAUGAAUUAGCGAAGAAUCUAAAGACAUUUCAAGAAGGUAUUGUUCAAUUAUCUUACUUAAUUAAUGAUCUUAACAAAUAUCUUGACUACGAUUAUUUGGUAGAUUUAAAAGAUAUAGAACAUUACAUCGAGAGUAUGAGGCAAUUAAUUAAAUUAAAGGACCAGAAACAAAUUGAUUAUGAGCAACUGAACGAGUAUUUGACUAAAUCCAUAAAGGAGAAGGACGAUUUGAUAGCUGGGUAUGGUGGCAGCAAUUUUUUCACUAAUAAGCUCGAAGAAUUUGCUGGUAUAAGCCAAGAAGCUUCACGUCGUGAUAAGAUAACAAAACUAGAGGAAAGGAUUACAUCCUUAGAUGGAGAGCUAGAAAAUGCUAAGAAAAUUGCAGAUGGAUUUGAGCAAGAAACUUUGAAGGAGAUUGCCCAAUUCGAAAGUGUCAAGGCAAAAGAACUGAAGGAUACAUUAGAUGAAUUGGCCGACGAGAAUAUAAAGUUUUACGAGAAGAUGUUGCAAACGUGGACUAAAGUCGACGAAAGUUUGGUAUGA